CGUCGUAUUGCAACUGUGAAAUAUAUUGGUGAACUUUAUAAUUAUCGAAUGGUUGAUUCGCCUGUCAUAUUUGAUACAUUAUACACCAUUGUUACCUUGGGACAUGAAUUUGGCCGACCUUCUCCUACUCGAAUUAAUCCCCUGGAUGCACCUAAUGAUUUUUUUCGCAUUCGUUUAUGUUGUACUUUACUUGACACUUGCGGAAUGUGUUUUGAUAGAGCUGAGGAAGUGGAUCAAAAAUUGUUACUUAAUCAAAAAGCUUUUCAACAAGUGGUAGGAGUUGUAAAAAGCCAGGAUGAUGGUUUAGAAGAAAGCGAGUUGUCAUCAUCAUCAGAUGAGGAGGAUGAUGAUGGGCGUGAAUAUUUGGGAAGUGCUGUCGAAGGAGAAGGAUCAGAUGAUGAGCAAGCUGAUACUGAUGAAAUAGAAGAGGUUGAUGAUGAUACUGAGUUAGUUGUUCAUACUAACCGGCAAGAUAAAAUCUCAUUAGAAGAGGAUGAAGAAUUUGAACGAGAAUUUAGCCGAAUGAUGACUGAAAGUAUGGAAUCACGCAAAUAUGAAAGAAAGCCUGCUAUGCUAGAUGUGGCGAUUCCAAUGCAUCCAAAAAGUAUAGACAAAGCAGCAGACCAUAUAGAUGGUAGUGUGUCUUUUACCUUACUGGUUAAAAAAGGAAACAAACAGCAGACAAAAACUAUAGAAGUUCCGGCCGAAAGUGCAUUAGCCGUUAACACACGAUCCAAACAAGAAGCUGAGCGUGAAGAACAACAACAACUUAAAAAACUGGUCUUAAAUUACGAGGAAAGGGAGGAGCAAAACCAACGAAUUGCACUUGAACAGACUUUAAUGCGUAGCGGGAUGAGAGUUACUUAUCAACCUAACAGCCGCCGAACUAAUCAACGAGGCAGAAAGUUGUUGCAACACCAAGGUGGUGGUGGAGGCGGAAAUUAUGCUUAUGGUGUAAUGAUUAAAUUGACGGUCUAG